AUGUGGCGACGCAGGGCGGUUCUGCCCACUGCCGCGUGGCUAGAGGGGACUGCCUGCCGUUUUAUUCACGGCGAGAUGCGGCACCAAAACACAGACACGAACAACACCCGCAUACCGUGGGACUUCUCCAUAGCAAGCUAUGAGGAAAUCAAUAAUGCUAUUCUCCCGAAAUUCCCACGGAGCCGCCGAAGAAGUGCCGUGAUUCCCCUCCUGCAUCUUGCGCAGCGGCAACAGGGCGGAUAUAUCCCUGUGACAGCAAUGUACAAAAUUGCCCGUAUUUGUGAGGUGCCCCCAAUGCAGGUCUUUGAGACCGUGACGUUCUACUCCAUGUUUAAUCGCCAGCCAGUGGGGAAGUAUCACAUCCAGUUUUGCGUGACAACCCCGUGUAUGUUGUGCGGCUGCGACGAACUUGUCCAACGCACGGAGGCUUACUUGAAUGUGAAGAUGCAUGGCACGACGAAGGACGGUCUCAUCACACUUGGGGAGAUGGAAUGUCUUGGUGCCUGCGUCAAUGCCCCCAUGCUUGUUGUGAGCGAUUACAGCCGUCCACCAAAUUUUUCAUAUGACUUUGUGGAAGACUUGACAUGGGAUGCUGUCAAGCAACUCAUUGAAAAUUUACGCGAGGGCCGCCCAUUUAAGGUCGGCACCCAACGCUCCGAUCGUAAAUGGGCGGAUCCGGCAGGCGGCCGAACCUCAAUUUUCCUGAAAGAGCCACCAAUGCCGUAUUGUAGAGACCUUGAUGCGAAGCCAGAUCCACCAGCAGCCCCGGCUGCUGCCAAGAAGUAG